UCAACCGUUCACCUCUAUAUUUCUUCUUACUCCAUUUCUCUUGUUCUCUUUCCUUGAUUCCACCAUUAAAGCAUCAUUUGAAUUCCAAAUUUAAAUUUAUUCUCUUUCUUUUUCAUAACCUCUCAAAACUUUACAUUUUUGUUGAUGAAAAACUCCAUAUUUGCUGCCAAAACACUUUAUUUUUCUGUUGCUACAAGCCAUAGUUAAACCUCUUUUUCAUCAAAUUUCUUGAAACCAGCUCCAAAGCCACCUUUUAGAGCCACUUCCCUCCAUUUUUAGACCUUCACCAAGUCCAGAAAAUUGAGGCUUAAUGUGAGCCCAAACAAGGUAUAUAACAGGAAUAUGACAAAGAUAUUUGGGGAGCAAUGUCAAAGAUGAGACUUGAUGGUCAGCUUCUUGUUUGUACCAUAUUUCCAAUUUUGUUCUUCGUAUCUUCUGCGUCACCAGACCUGCUAUUCUAUGGAGCCUUCUACCAAUGCAUAGCUUUCCAUUCUCCAUUUCUUACUCAGGUUCACGACUUGUUACACAGUGCACAUUCUCCUGAAUAUUUACCUAUUCUCCAAUCAUCUAUCCAAAACUUAAGGUUCAAUUCCUCCGUUGGGCAAAGACCUCGGUACAUCAUUACACCGCGCUGUGCUGAUCAUCUCCGAGCUGCAGUUCUUUGCAGCAAAUAUCAUGGCCUACAGGUCAGGAUUCGGAGCGGCGGCCAUGACUAUGAGGGGCUCUCUUAUAAAGCAAACACCCCAUUUGUUCUCAUUGAUCUUUUCUAUCUUCGGAAAGUGACAGUCGACCUGAAAAGUAAAACUGCUUGGGUUGGAGCUGGUGCUACACUGGGUGAACUCUAUUACCAGAUUGCCAACCGCAGUCAGACUUUAGGAUUCCCAGCUGGGAUUUGUUCUAGCAUUGGAGUUGGCGGCCAUUUAAGUGGAGGGGGACAAGGUACCCUGAUGAGGAAAUUUGGUCUUGCAGCCGAUAAUAUAGUUGAUGCCAUCCUGGUUAACGCGGAUGGUAACAUUCUCGACAGAAGGGCGAUGGGUGAGAACCUGUUUUGGGCUAUCAGAGGAGGUGGUGCUGCAAGUUUUGGAGUCAUUGUGGAAUGGAAGGUCAAGCUGGUUCCUGUCCCUCCUAAAGUUACUGCUUUCAACGUCCCCAUAACCCUGCAGCAAGGAGCAACUUCGCUGAUUCAUAGGUGGCAACAGAUUGCAACCAGGUUACCUGAAGAUCUGUUUAUAAGGAUUCUCUUGACAGUGGGGAAGGAAUCUGAUGGUAGAACAACAGUCAGAGCGAUCUUCAAUUCUUUGUAUCUUGGACCACUUCAUCAACUGUUUCCUUUGAUCGACGAGAAAUUUCCUGAGUUGGGUCUACACUUGCAAGAAGAGCACUGCAAGGAACUAAGUUGGAUAGAAUCCGUUCUAUUCUUGGAUAGGGGGUUCGCAAAAGGCAAAAACGUCGAUGUCCUGACGGACAGGAAGAACAAUCUGCAGAGCUUUUUCAUAGCUAAAUCAGAUUUUGUGAACAAACCAAUUACAAAACGUGGGCUUAAAGCAAUAUGGAACGUGAUGCAAGAAGGGGAAGCCGGUAUAAUGAUUUGGGAUCCUUACGGUGGGAAAAUGGACGAAAUACCACAGGAUGCAACCCCAUUCCCUCAUAGAGCAGGAACCUUGUACAAUAUACAAUACUUCACCAACUGGAAAGAAGGAGGACCUGAUGUAGAGACGAAACGUACAGACUGGAUUAACAAGCUUUAUAAUUUCAUGGAACCUUAUGUUUCCCAGAACCCAAGAGCUGCAUAUCUCAACUACAGAGAUCUCAGCCUAGGAAUCAAUAACAAAUAUGGGAGUCCAAGCUAUUUGAGGUCAAAAGUCUGGGGAGAAAAGUACUUCAAGAACAACUUUGAGCGAUUAGCACGUGUCAAACAUGCUGUCGAUCCUGGAAACUUCUUCCGGAAUGAACAAAGCAUUCCUCCUUAUUCGGGUUUUUAAUCAAUAUUUUCUUCUUUCAGUAGAUUUCUUGUAUCAGUCUCACGCUCUACUUGAAUAAAAUGUGUAACUUUUUUUUUUAGAAAAAAAGUUGAAUCAAAUAUAAACUUUGUUUUUUGAAA